UCUCAUUCCCGCCAUUCAUCAGCCCCAAAAUGGCCGACUAACAAAGCACACCCACUUCCGUGUGUGUAGUUUAAUGUAGGUUGACUGCACUUUGUACACAAGUCGCCAAGUUUGUCUUUCCCCAUAGACUAGACCUCUAAUUUCACUAAGUGACUUAACUUGUAAAGUCCACUCCUAAAAUGCCCCAUUCGAUUGAGAAGGACUUUACUUACAGUUUUGACACAAAGACGACAACAUCUUCUCUCAAAGUACCUCUCACUGUUCCCUUGCACAUCUCAGCAAAAGAGUUUGUGUCCAGAUUAGUUCAUUUACACAAUCUGCCUUGUUUUGUCCAGCAAGACCUUGAGGAUAAACUUGAAGAGUUUGUUGCUAAGGAAACCAUUCAGCUCCAUGAUAAAAAUGCUGAUGAUGCCAUACAGAAAGUUAAAACUGGAGAGAUUGACAGUGAUGACUUGAUCAGACAAUGGCUUCCUGUGUAUAGUCAGGAACUGAAAUCCUAUGCUAAGCCGUAUCAGUUAAGUAAAGAUGAAAAAUUUGCAGAAGUCUACCACAAUCUGAUUCACUCCCCUGCUUUGGAAACAUUACUGAACUUGGAGCAUGAGUAUUCUCUGGGAGUGGAUAAGUUGACCAGAGAGAGGGACAGAGAUUUACAACAUUUACAAGACAAGCAAAGAGCUGACAUGGACGAGGCUUUACAAAAUGUUGGCUCAAUUUACAAGGAUGAAGAUAUUAACUUGCUUGCUCAGAAGCAAUUUGAAAAUACACAGAUUGUAGAAGGUAAAUGGUCGUCAGAACUACGAGCUCUGCAUGAGCAACAAAAGAAUGAAUACAGAGAAUGGGUGUUCCAGGUCCAUGAAGAUUCCAAGGGCAAAGCUCCAUUACCAGCUUAUGUACAAAGGCUUCGAAGUUUAUCUUCAACACUUCCUGAUGCUGGGGUUGAUGAGAGACAAGCACACGUCACUAGAUUAGAAGAGAGUUUCACUAUACAUUUAGGUGCACAAAUGAAAACAACUCACAACUUGAGACUGUUGUGUACAGACAUCUUAGAUUUAUGUCGUCACAAACCCCACACAGUAGGUGGUAUGGUGAUUCCUCAACCUCAGAGACUUCAAACAGCCAUGUCUUUGUACUCCAACAAUUUGUGUGGCUUGAUUUUGUUAGCAGACAAUAGACUCAACUCUUACACUGGCAUCAAACAAAAGUUCGCUCAGAUAUGCGACAGCUCCACAGACUUUCACUUCCCCACGCUAGACUCUCAGCUGCAGACUAUAGAGCAGCAGUUGCCAAAGGCUGCAGAGGUGAAGGCCAAGAAGAAAGGAGGAAAUGAUGACAUGGACCAGCUCAGUCUACACAGUACCAGCAGUAGCUCUAGUGAGGAGAAGGAGAAGAGUGGUGACAAGAAACUUCACUCUGGAGAUUUUUACCUGACCAAACAUUCCAACUUAUCAGAAGUUCAUGUUGUGUUCCAUGUUGUCUCGGAUGACAAUCUACGAACCUCUGACAUUACGUCCAGACAUCCGGUGAUUCUUAGCAUCAGGAACAUCAUCAAACUGUGUUUCCGUUAUGACAUCAAUACACUGACAGUGCCACUUCUGCUGACACAUGAAAUGUCAGAGGAGAUGACUAUUUCCUGGUGCAUGAAGAGAGCAGAACUUAUGUUUAAAUGUGUCAAAGGUUUUAUGAUUGAGAUGGCCACCUACAGCAGUCAGGAAUCAAAGACUAUCCAGUUCCUGGUACCUCGGGGUUUGUCUGAAGAACUGUUUCAUCAAAUCAGCAACAUGAUCCCAACUAUAUUUAGGCUGUCCAACCCACUGGUAGUCAAAUCUAAUUAGAUGGCUGUCAAUAUGUGUCUGUGUGUGGAUCAGCUUUUGAAGCUGUGCGAUCUAAUUAGAUGGCUGUUGCUAUGUGUGUGUGUGAUCCAGUUAGACGGCUAUUGGUAUUUAUGUGUGUGUGUGAUCCAUUUAGACGGCUAUUGGUAUGUAUGUGUGUGUGUGAUCUAGUCAAUGUUAUUUAUUCCUAUUCCAUUUGUUAUCUAUAUGUGAUACUUUUUGUAAUGUCAAGAACCAAAGGUGUGAUGUGACAACUGCAGUCAGUGCAUUGUGUAUUCUUUGUAACUUGACAUUUGUCUACAGCGACUGUUGAUACAAUGAUUGGACAGUAUUUGUAUGUAGACAUGAUCAACUUGUUUUUAAAUAAAAAAUGUUUUAAAUAUA